CGAGGCUGGGCGAGCACCGUUAGUGGGGCUGGCGCGCGGCGUCGGCCUGGCCGCCGUCAGGCCUCGCCGCUGCCCGGGGAACGGACACUCCCCGGCGGCUGACAGCCGCGGAGGCGGGACGACGGGGGACCGUCAGCCAGCAAUCUCGUAGCUCGAUCACCCAGGAGGAGAAAUUGUAAGCGGACCAAGAGGAACGCGUUCGGUUCGGUUUGGGACGCCAUUCGCAGCUGGAAAUGGGGAAUGGACUGUCAGACCAGACUUCCAUCCUGUCCAGCCUGCCCUCCUUUCAGUCUUUUCAUAUUGUUAUUCUGGGUUUGGACUGCGCCGGGAAGACGACAGUUUUGUACAGGCUGCAGUUCAAUGAGUUUGUAAAUACCGUACCUACCAAAGGAUUUAACACGGAGAAAAUUAAGGUAACCUUGGGCAAUUCCAAGACAGUCACUUUUCACUUCUGGGACGUAGGUGGUCAAGAGAAGUUAAGGCCACUGUGGAAGUCAUAUACCCGAUGCACAGAUGGCAUCGUGUUCGUCGUGGACUCUGUCGAUGUGGAGCGAAUGGAAGAAGCCAAAACGGAACUUCAUAAAAUAACUAGGAUAUCAGAAAAUCAGGGGGUCCCUGUGCUCAUAGUCGCUAACAAGCAAGACCUGAGGAACUCACUGUCUCUCUCAGAAAUUGAGAAAUUGUUAGCAAUGGGGGAACUGAGCUCCUCGACCCCUUGGCACCUGCAGCCCACCUGUGCAAUCAUAGGAGACGGACUGAAGGAAGGACUUGAGAAACUACACGAUAUGAUCAUUAAAAGGAGAAAAAUGUUGCGGCAACAGAAAAAGAAGAGAUGAGUGGCGUGCCCUUCGUGUGGGUGUGGAAUGGUUUCCUAGGGCUGGUUCUGACGAGUUGAAGAGUGUACAGCCUGGUUUGCCUGUCUGCCCUCGCGGAUGCUAUUAAAGCUUUGUUUGGUUGAACAGUCAGAUACCCAAUUUUGUUGCCUUGGGGAAGAUGAGUAAAUGCAAUGCUUCUUAAAGUGGUUGGUCUCUUCUCCCUGACCCACAGAUCUUUUGGUACUACCAUUUUGGAAAGUCAAAAAAGGCUGGUAAUUGGCCAGAAAACAAUUUUGUGGAAAUAUUUGACCUGAAGUUAGUGAAAUAAAACUUUGAAGAGUGUA